AUGAAGCACGAGUACGUCUUUGAAGAGACUGGCCAUAGUGCAAAAGCUGCAGGUUGGAAUUGGGCAAAUUUGUGCUCUGCUGCUUCCUAUUCUAACAGGUCUAUGGAAAUGCAGGACCUAGCAAGUCCUCAUACUCUUGUUGGAGGUAGUGAUACUCCCGGUAGCUCCAAACUGGAUAAACCUAAUCUCAGCAGCACAUCAGUCACUACGAAUGGGACAGGAGUGUCUCUUCUUGCAGUCAAAACAGAGCCCCUGAACAGCAGUGAAACCACAGCCACGACUGGAGACGGAGCGCUUGACACUUUUACUGGGUCAGUCAUAACAAGUAGUGGCUACAGCCCCAGAUCGGCACAUCAAUAUUCCCCACAGCUCUAUCCUUCCAAGCCCUAUCCACACAUUCUUUCUACACCAGCAGCUCAAACAAUGUCUGCCUAUGCAGGCCAGACUCAGUAUUCGGGGAUGCAGCAGCCAGCCGUCUACACAGCCUACUCACAGACAGGACAGCCCUACAGCCUGCCCACUUACGAUUUGGGUGUGAUGUUGCCAGCCAUCAAGACAGAAAGCGGACUUUCUCAAACUCAGUCCCCAUUACAGAGUGGCUGCCUCAGUUACAGCCCAGGAUUUUCUACCCCACAGCCAGGCCAGACGCCUUAUUCUUACCAAAUGCCAGGUUCUAGUUUUGCACCGUCCUCUACUAUUUAUGCAAAUAAUUCAGUUUCCAAUUCAACGAAUUUCAGUGGUUCACAACAGGACUAUCCAUCCUAUACAGCCUUUGGCCAAAACCAGUAUGCUCAGUACUACUCAGCGUCCACGUACGGUGCGUACAUGACGUCCAACAACACGGCCGACGGCGCGCCGUCCUCCGCCUCCACCUAUCAGCUGCAGGAGUCGCUUCCAGGACUGACUAACCAACCAGGAGAGUUUGAUACUGUGCAGAGCCCCUCCACGCCCAUCAAAGAUCUUGACGAGAGGACAUGUAGGAGUUCUGGGUCUAAGUCCAGAGGAAGAGGCCGAAAAAAUAAUCCCUCCCCACCUCCUGAUAGUGACCUGGAGCGUGUGUUUGUCUGGGAUUUGGAUGAAACCAUCAUUGUUUUUCACUCACUGCUCACAGGGUCUUACGCACAGAAGUAUGGCAAGGAUCCCCCCAUGGCUGUAACCCUUGGACUGCGCAUGGAGGAAAUGAUUUUUAAUCUUGCUGACACACAUUUGUUUUUUAAUGACUUAGAGGAGUGUGAUCAAGUUCACAUAGAUGAUGUUUCCUCUGAUGAUAAUGGGCAAGACUUAAGUACCUACAGUUUUGCAACUGAUGGCUUCCAUGCAGCUGCAAGUAGUGCAAACCUUUGUUUGCCAACAGGUGUAAGAGGAGGAGUGGACUGGAUGAGGAAGUUGGCUUUUCGUUACAGAAGAGUAAAAGAAUUAUAUAACACCUACAAGAACAAUGUGGGAGGACUCCUUGGCCCUGCCAAGAGGGACGCCUGGCUACAGUUAAGGGCAGAGAUCGAAGGUCUGACAGAUUCCUGGCUAACCAAUGCACUUAAGUCUUUAUCAAUUAUUAGUACGAGGAGUAACUGCGUGAAUGUCUUGGUAACAACAACCCAGCUGAUCCCAGCGCUCGCGAAGGUCCUGCUCUAUAGUUUAGGCGGUGCUUUCCCCAUUGAGAAUAUUUACAGUGCAACUAAAAUAGGAAAAGAAAGUUGCUUUGAACGAAUAAUGCAAAGGUUUGGCAGAAAAGUAGUGUAUGUUGUAAUUGGGGAUGGUGUAGAAGAAGAACAGGCAGCAAAAAAGCACAACAUGCCCUUUUGGAGAAUAUCAAGUCACUCAGACCUCUUGGCUCUACAUCAAGCACUGGAAUUAGAGUAUUUGUAAACUGUGUUCUCCAGCCGGAGAUCCGUCUUUUAUAUUUCAAGUACACUGAAUUUUUAUGUGUGAUUCAAUGCCUCUGGCUCUACACAUAUAAAUUGUCUUAAAGGAUGAAAUCACAUUUGGAAUGAAGAUUCCAGAAUGAAGAAUUCAGAUGGCUGAAUGGAAUUAAACUUUAGUGCUACAGAAAGAAAACUCUAUGGUCUUAUAUUUACAACACUUUAAUGGUUCAAAAAAAAAAAAAUCUGUGGAGGUUGCUGGUCCAAACCAAAUGAGUCCUAACUGGAAUUAACAGCUUUGGCAAAGAACUCUUACCCCGGCAAAGCAGCCGCACACCUGCUCCAUCCGACAAGGUGGUCAA